AGAAAACCUACAUGUGAAUGUUUCUCGUAGUACUCUCUUACAAGAGCAACUGACUUCUUUUUCAUCGUGAACAGCAAAAGCAUAUUUUUAAACCAAUAGUUGACAACAUCUUUUAACCUUAUAACGACAGGGAUGUGGUGGAUGAGACUUAUUUAUCGAAUCACGUUUAUCGUCGGAGUGCAGUUCUAGUUCUCUAAGCACGAAAUACCUUAACCUCGAUCUUUUCGUAGUUCUUUACUUCUACGCACGACUUCUAUCAUCCAAAAAGACACCACACGAACAGAUAGUUUGAGUACUACCUCUACCAGUGAGUACAACAUGAUUAGUUCUUACUAAGCAGCGUAAUAUUAUCUAUCAAUCUCUUACUUAUGUAUUUAUUAGUUGAAUAUUGCUAGCAAUCUUCAACACUCGCUCCCUUCCAGUUGUUCUAUCAUCUUGUACCACUAGCACUUCUACAACAUCAGUAGCACAUGAUCAAGAAAGUCAUCAAACUAACAUCAUCAAUCAACUACAACUACUACUUGCAAAGACAAAAUGUCCGUCAUCCUUGGAGGACGGUGGAAGGAACUGGCGGAGGAGAAUGAGCGCCUCAAGGUCCAACUCCAAAUUGCAGAUGACGCCUUCGAAGCGGAGCAGAGGCGAGUAGUCCAUCUCCAAAGAGACAACGAUCAACUCCUAGCGCAGCUCCAAGAAGCAAGAUGGAGGACGAUUUCGGUUGUUAUGGUGUUGGUUUCCUCUGAGUUGUUGUUAUUGUUUGGGUACUACUAAUGAAUACGAAACCCCAGUAGAUAGGUAUAGGUUUUUGUUGGUUUGGUCUGGUUUAUGAGAGUACUUAAUAUGUGUAGCAAGUGCAAGAGUCUUUCUUGGACGAUUCGUUCCAUUAUACUUGUACCAUCUUCAGAGAGGAUAUCUGCUUGCAUGCAUGCUACAAAAAUGAUGUUGGUUAUUCAAAUGGAAAAUUUUCUUCAAUUUCUAAAAGUUUGGAGCAGUUGAAACUACUUGUUCAACUUCAACCAUCAAGAUCACAAAUAAUCUACUCAAAGUCAAAAUCUACUCAACAUGAUCCUGAAGAAAGUAAGAGACACAACUUCUUCCCACGACCUAAUCUACUCCACAUCCUGAAGACAGAGACACUUCCUACCUUCUAAGUGCGAAAACGACCGCAAAAGUGCGGAAGAAGAGAUCGCGCAUCGCGAUGAGGAAUUGGAUAAACUGGCUUUAGAAUGGGAGAGGCAGUCCAUGACAGCGGAAGACCUGGCCACAGAGAACUGUCAAUUACGCACGAAAAAAGACCUAGGAAACACGAAACUCUCUGUGAUCAAGGAGCAAAGGGAUCAAUUAUCGAAAAAGCUGAAAGUGGCGGAACACAAGGUUUUAAAUUAUUCAUGGAUUUGGAUAGGUUUUUUGAACUUUUUCAGUUUUGGAAUCUUCUUGUUAACCUCAUUCGUGGUCUCCUUCUUUUCUCAGAUCUGCAUGGCCCUCGAGCAUCGUCGGGAACGCGAAGCACGUAUUUCGAGUCUAGAAGCGGAGACGCGUGCUCAACAAGCUGGCAUCCUCAAAAAGGACACGUUGAUUCGCAGUCUACAGCGCGAAAAAACGUCGAUGUUUCAAGAUUUAACCCGCUUGCGCGCCCAAACGCCUACGAACGUGGAACCCUUGCAGAAGGAGAAUGCGAAAUUGCUGUUAUGUGCAAAAGCAACAUCAGAGAAAAAAAGCAAAUCCUCCUUGUUUCUAAAGAUUGAGGAAUUAUGCUUAGCAAAUCCUCCUUGUUUCUAAAGAUUGAGGAAUUAUGCUUAGCAAAUCCUCCUUGUUUCUAAAGAUUGAGGAAUUAUGCUUAGCAAAUCCUCCUUGUUUCUAACGAUUGAGGAAUUAUGCUUAGCAAAUCCUCCUUGUUUCUAACGAUUGAGGAAUUAUGCUUAGCAAAUCCUCCUUGUUUCUAAAGAUUGAGGAAUUAUGCUUAGCAAAUCCUCCUUGUUUCUAAAGAUUGAGGAAUUAUGCUUAGCAAAUCCUCCUUGUUUCUAACGAUUGAGGAAUUAUGCUUAGCAAAUCCUCCUUGUUUCUAACGAUUGAGGAAUUAUGCUUAGCAAAUCCUCCUUGUUUCUAAAGAUUGAGGAAUUAUGCUUAGCAAAUCCUCCUUGUUUCUAAAGAUUGAGGAAUUAUGCUUAGCAAAUCCUCCUUGUUUCUAACGAUUGAGGAAUUAUGCUUAGCAAAUCCUCCUUGUUUCUAACGAUUGAGGAAUUAUGCUUAGCAAAUCCUCCUUGUUUCUAAAGAUUGAGGAAUUAUGCUUAGCAAAUCCUCCUUGUUUCUAAAGAUUGAGGAAUUAUGCUUAGCAAAUCCUCCUUGUUUCUAACGAUUGAGGAAUUAUGCUUAGCAAAUCCUCCUUGUUUCUAACGAUUGAGGAAUUAUGCUUAGCAAAUCCUCCUUGUUUCUAAAGAUUGAGGAAUUAUGCUUAGCAAAUCCUCCUUGUUUCUAAAGAUUGAGGAAUUAUGCUUAGCAAAUCCUCCUUGUUUCUAACGAUUGAGGAAUUAUGCUUAGCAAAUCCUCCUUGUUUCUAACGAUUGAGGAAUUAUGCUUAGCAAAUCCUCCUUGUUUCUAAAGAUUGAGGAAUUAUGCUUAGCAAAUCCUCCUUGUUUCUAAAGAUUGAGGAAUUAUGCUUAGCAAAUCCUCCUUGUUUCUAACGAUUGAGGAAUUAUGCUUAGCAAAUCCUCCUUGUUUCUAACGAUUGAGGAAUUAUGCUUAGCAAAUCCUCCUUGUUUCUAAAGAUUGAGGAAUUAUGCUUAGCAAAUCCUCCUUGUUUCUAAAGAUUGAGGAAUUAUGCUUAGCAAAUCCUCCUUGUUUCUAACGAUUGAGGAAUUAUGCUUAGCAAAUCCUCCUUGUUUCUAACGAUUGAGGAAUUAUGCUUAGCAAAUCCUCCUUGUUUCUAAAGAUUGAGGAAUUAUGCUUAGCAAAUCCUCCUUGUUUCUAAAGAUUGAGGAAUUAUGCUUAGCAAAUCCUCCUUGUUUCUAACGAUUGAGGAAUUAUGCUUAGCAAAUCCUCCUUGUUUCUAACGAUUGAGGAAUUAUGCUUAGCAAAUCCUCCUUGUUUCUAAAGAUUGAGGAAUUAUGCUUAGCAAAUCCUCCUUGUUUCUAAAGAUUGAGGAAUUAUGCUUAGCAAAUCCUCCUUGUUUCUAACGAUUGAGGAAUUAUGCUUAGCAAAUCCUCCUUGUUUCUAACGAUUGAGGAAUUAUGCUUAGCAAAUCCUCCUUGUUUCUAAAGAUUGAGGAAUUAUGCUUAGCAAAUCCUCCUUGUUUCUAAAGAUUGAGGAAUUAUGCUUAGCAAAUCCUCCUUGUUUCUAACGAUUGAGGAAUUAUGCUUAGCAAAUCCUCCUUGUUUCUAACGAUUGAGGAAUUAUGCUUAGCAAAUCCUCCUUGUUUCUAAAGAUUGAGGAAUUAUGCUUAGCAAAUCCUCCUUGUUUCUAAAGAUUGAGGAAUUAUGCUUAGCAAAUCCUCCUUGUUUCUAACGAUUGAGGAAUUAUGCUUAGCAAAUCCUCCUUGUUUCUAACGAUUGAGGAAUUAUGCUUAGCAAAUCCUCCUUGUUUCUAAAGAUUGAGGAAUUAUGCUUAGCAAAUCCUCCUUGUUUCUAAAGAUUGAGGAAUUAUGCUUAGCAAAUCCUCCUUGUUUCUAACGAUUGAGGAAUUAUGCUUAGCAAAUCCUCCUUGUUUCUAACGAUUGAGGAAUUAUGCUUAGCAAAUCCUCCUUGUUUCUAAAGAUUGAGGAAUUAUGCUUAGCAAAUCCUCCUUGUUUCUAAAGAUUGAGGAAUUAUGCUUAGCAAAUCCUCCUUGUUUCUAACGAUUGAGGAAUUAUGCUUAGCAAAUCCUCCUUGUUUCUAACGAUUGAGGAAUUAUGCUUAGCAAAUCCUCCUUGUUUCUAAAGAUUGAGGAAUUAUGCUUAGCAAAUCCUCCUUGUUUCUAAAGAUUGAGGAAUUAUGCUUAGCAAAUCCUCCUUGUUUCUAACGAUUGAGGAAUUAUGCUUAGCAAAUCCUCCUUGUUUCUAACGAUUGAGGAAUUAUGCUUAGCAAAUCCUCCUUGUUUCUAAAGAUUGAGGAAUUAUGCUUAGCAAAUCCUCCUUGUUUCUAAAGAUUGAGGAAUUAUGCUUAGCAAAUCCUCCUUGUUUCUAACGAUUGAGGAAUUAUGCUUAGCAAAUCCUCCUUGUUUCUAACGAUUGAGGAAUUAUGCUUAGCAAAUCCUCCUUGUUUCUAAAGAUUGAGGAAUUAUGCUUAGCAAAUCCUCCUUGUUUCUAAAGAUUGAGGAAUUAUGCUUAGCAAAUCCUCCUUGUUUCUAACGAUUGAGGAAUUAUGCUUAGCAAAUCCUCCUUGUUUCUAACGAUUGAGGAAUUAUGCUUAGCAAAUCCUCCUUGUUUCUAAAGAUUGAGGAAUUAUGCUUAGCAAAUCCUCCUUGUUUCUAAAGAUUGAGGAAUUAUGCUUAGCAAAUCCUCCUUGUUUCUAACGAUUGAGGAAUUAUGCUUAGCAAAUCCUCCUUGUUUCUAACGAUUGAGGAAUUAUGCUUAGCAAAUCCUCCUUGUUUCUAAAGAUUGAGGAAUUAUGCUUAGCAAAUCCUCCUUGUUUCUAAAGAUUGAGGAAUUAUGCUUAGCAAAUCCUCCUUGUUUCUAACGAUUGAGGAAUUAUGCUUAGCAAAUCCUCCUUGUUUCUAACGAUUGAGGAAUUAUGCUUAGCAAAUCCUCCUUGUUUCUAAAGAUUGAGGAAUUAUGCUUAGCAAAUCCUCCUUGUUUCUAAAGAUUGAGGAAUUAUGCUUAGCAAAUCCUCCUUGUUUCUAACGAUUGAGGAAUUAUGCUUAGCAAAUCCUCCUUGUUUCUAACGAUUGAGGAAUUAUGCUUAGCAAAUCCUCCUUGUUUCUAAAGAUUGAGGAAUUAUGCUUAGCAAAUCCUCCUUGUUUCUAAAGAUUGAGGAAUUAUGCUUAGCAAAUCCUCCUUGUUUCUAACGAUUGAGGAAUUAUGCUUAGCAAAUCCUCCUUGUUUCUAACGAUUGAGGAAUUAUGCUUAGCAAAUCCUCCUUGUUUCUAAAGAUUGAGGAAUUAUGCUUAGCAAAUCCUCCUUGUUUCUAAAGAUUGAGGAAUUAUGCUUAGCAAAUCCUCCUUGUUUCUAACGAUUGAGGAAUUAUGCUUAGCAAAUCCUCCUUGUUUCUAACGAUUGAGGAAUUAUGCUUAGCAAAUCCUCCUUGUUUCUAAAGAUUGAGGAAUUAUGCUUAGCAAAUCCUCCUUGUUUCUAAAGAUUGAGGAAUUAUGCUUAGCAAAUCCUCCUUGUUUCUAACGAUUGAGGAAUUAUGCUUAGCAAAUCCUCCUUGUUUCUAACGAUUGAGGAAUUAUGCUUAGCAAAUCCUCCUUGUUUCUAAAGAUUGAGGAAUUAUGCUUAGCAAAUCCUCCUUUCCAAAGAUGAGGAACACUUUCAUCAUGUACUUUUUUUGGGUUGUUCCUAUGAUCAUGUGGAUUUUUUUGCGUUCCUCACAUCACUCAACACAUUGUAGCUUCUAAAUCUAAUGCUACGUGAGCUCCAUCAAAUCAAGAUUGGGCAGAUGCGUGCUGCAGCUGCAACGGCUGACGUUUACGGAAAUCCGUGGGGACGUGGCACGACAACCACUCCUAAUGCUAGUAGUGCUGGAGGUGGAGGUGGUGGUGGAUUUAUCACUUCUACUAGCAAAACCUCUGCAACUACUAGUACGACUAGUACAUCAGCAUACGAAAGAGAAGGAUCUACUGGUCGUGCACCACGAGAUGGCUACGAGCAAAGCAGGGAAGAACCACGAACUUCUACAAGCAAAAGCAAGAGCAAAGCUUUGACUUCUAGCACUGCAGCCUAUCAUGAUCAAGUGGAGCGAGACGACGUACGUGACCAAGAACGUGACCUUGAGCGUGAUCAUCAACGCGAUCACCGAGAACAUCGUGAGCAUAAAAAGAAAGCCUCUGGUACGAGAACAGUUGUGGUUUACGAGAGGGAAGACCGUUAUAAGAAGUCCCCGUACGAACAAAGCCUUCGGAAAUCUUCUGUGGUUAAGGCUUUCAUUAUAGCUCAUCCAUGAUCCAUUUGCAGAAGCUAGCUGCAUCUUGGCGAUGUUAUUUUCAAAGGGAAAAGCAAAAAGUAGGUCUCAAGGAGAGUCUUCUUCGAUUGGGUACACUGCUAAUUAGACAUUCUUCUACACCCCAAGAUUGGGUACACUACUACUACUACUACUACUGGGGUCCUGUCGAUUUCUAAGUCAAGCAAGGGCAACAUCACACGUUUAAAACAACAGCAGACUGGAGGAUGUGACUAUAGUAUGGACUAUGACGAUGAGGAGAUGAAUCACCUUCCACAGGAGAUGAAUCACCUUCCACACAGGAACAAGAACGCGUUCAUGGAAUUAAGGCUCAACACAAUUUUCCUUCCCGUUCACUACAACCAAAAUCGUUUAUUUUUAUCUUCCUCUGGUCUGUCUUUUUUCUAGUUAGGUCGGCUCCGCCACAAUUAUUAUAUGAAAUCUUCUAUCGUCCAGAUUCCAAGGAUCUAUCAUUUAUUCUCUUCGGUUUCCGUCUAACUCUAAGUAAGGAUUCGGCGCAGAAAUGAAGGAAGAAAGACUUGCAAAAAUUUUUUGAGCUCUAAUGGAAGAAGACGACAUUCACGUCCUGAGGAUGACGACGAGGCGAAGUAGAGAUGACGACGAUCCUCAUCUUCAGGAUCAUGAUAUGGUUUCUGUUGGUAGGACCACCUAUAGUUGUGGGAGGACCUACAGUGCUGCUGGGAAUACUAUCAGGAGUCAUGCAGCUCCUCAGAGAACAUCAUCAACGGCCGCUUCCAACAUGCUCGUACAGCAUCUGCGUCAUACUCAUACGCCACCUACAUCAUCUCAUCCUGCACCACCACCACACGCGCCACCUUCUCCGACAGAGGAGAAAAGCUGCUGGAAGACUUGAUCGUCAAAAUCAAAUGAAUAAUACGGCAGAGAGGAAAAACCAACAUUGUGAAUAUCAACUGUUAAUAAAAACGUGAAGGUCCUACAGCCCUAAGAACACAAUUGCUGCGAACGUCAUAAUGAAGGAAAUUAAGUCGUACUACCUGAUCUACCCAAGUGAACUUAGAGCAGUACGAAGACAGACUAGUAGAAGCAUUCCUCGUGAUGUUCUCCAUUGGGGUUGUGAAAUACCAGGACACCUUGUGAUGUUUUUCCUCACGCUGUUCCAGAAAGAUUUACCUUCUCUGAUGAAAAAAAAUUGCUUUGCUCUAAGAAAUACACUGAUUCUCCUUGCUGGACACAUGAGUGCUGGUAGCAAGCAGAGAAAAAAUCUUUCAAAAAUUUGAUCUGAUGAUGUAAUGACGAAAUAAAU